AUGUGUUAUUGCAUUUCACAAAUCAUUACAUCUGUGCAAAAGACCCUUUUAUUCUGAAACCAAUGGGCCGGAAGUCGUGUUAGGCUGGCGGAACUGGCCAACUAAAGCAUAGGUGCGCAGUACCUCCAGGGCAAACGUCCAUUAUGGCUGAGACCCACAGCUUACAGGACCUCCAGCAGCCAGCUGUCUCCUCCAAGGUGUUUGUUCAGAGAGACUACGGCUCAGGAACCAUCUGCAAGUUCCACACCAAGUUCCCCUCUGAACUUGAGCCAAGGCUUGAUAAGCAGCAGUUUGAGGAAACCAUCCAGACUCUAAACAAUCUGUAUGCAGAGGCAGAGAAACUAGGGGGCAAGUCUUAUUUGGAGGGCUGCCUGGCUUGUCUAACUGCCUAUACAAUCUUCCUCUGUAUGGAGACACACUACGAAAAGGUGUUAAAAAAGAUCACCAGGUACAUUAAGGACCAGAAUGAGAAGAUAUAUGCUCCCAGGGGCUUGCUGUUGACUGACCCCAUAGAGAGAGGCCUCAGAGUCGUUGAAAUUACCAUCUUUGAAGACAGAAGUAUUGGCUCUGGAAGAUAAAGAAAUGUUGGGGGGGCAGACUGACGAGAUACUCUUCAUCUGUCGGGCAGCACAUAUUCAGAUGUCUGUUUUACCUGAAUGGAUGUAUAUAAUUUUGAUCUGAUCCUUUUCUCUGUUAUUUAUAAUUACUGUCUGCCUAUUCUUUUGUUUGUAAAUGUGUUUGCAUGUUUUUUGUACAUGCGGUGAUGUAUAAAUCAUGUCCUAGUUGAUCCAGACCGGUCUUUAUGAAUAGUGCCACUGUGUUAAAUGCAACUUUCUGACCAUGGUAAAUAUAAGUGAUUUGACUUGUGUAUUGUUUUGCAAAUAAUACAAAGUCAAAUAAUGUGUAGUCCCCAAGAACUGUUUGAGAAAUAGGUUGGGACGGAGUUGUUGGCACAGUCUAUAAACAGUAAUUCUGUUAUGGGCAUUGCUCCACAGUAUUAACAUGCUGGUUGUAGCCUUUGUUGAGGCAGAUGUUUUCUUAUCUGAAAUUGGAAGUUCUGAACUGGAGUUUUUUGUGACUUCAAAGACGGAGCAUGUUUGCUGUUAUCACAAAAUAAUAACGUGACCUAGUACAUUUUGAGAAGUGUCCAUCUCUGCCAUGUCAUAGUACAACUGCACUAAAUCUCCCAAAUCACAUUCAACAGUUCUGUUACCAUGUUUCUCAUGAUUCAGUAUCUAUAUUGCGAAUGUCAUCUCCCUUUCCAUUAUCACCAAACACCACAGAAACCUUAUACACACUGAACUCCACAGAUGAUUGCUAUAGUUGGUGUCUGAUAAAACUGGUGUACUUUUUCUUACAAAUAUUGUUCUGUCUUAUCUAAAUAAACAGCAUUUCCUGAAAUCUGUA